AUGGCUUUAACUCUUUAUAAGCCAUUUAUUAUCCAAAAAAUGUUGAAAGAAAAAAUUGCUUUCACAGUCAAGGAAGCCGAGCAAUUAUUUUACCAAGAGGACCCGGUUAUUUUCCCACUUCUUAAUAAAAUCGUCCAGGGACACCCAGUUUUGGCUAAUCGCGCUCCCAGUUUGCACCGACUUAGUAUCCAAGGAUUUUAUCCCCAAUUGACGUUAGGUAAUUCGAUUGAACUUCAUCCUUUAAUAACUACCGCUUUGAACGCUGAUUUUGAUGGUGAUCAAAUUGCUAUUCACUUGCCGAUGACUGCGAAAUCACGUGAGGAAGUUAAGGAACGCAUUCUCUCUCCCCACCACAUUAUUGACCCAAAGAAUGGCUACCUGAUAGACGUUCCCAGCCAAGACAUGAUUUUGGGCAUUUACUAUCUAACGAGGGAAAGUAAAAUAAGCCUUCAUGACCUAAUUGUUAUUCCGGCCAUUCUCGUUGGUCGCAAUUUUUCCACGGCCCAGAAUCAAUUCCUCUUUACUACUUUGGGAAAAUUAAUUUUUAAUCAAAUUUUACCGGCUAGUUUUCCUGGCUAUGUCAGUGACUUAAAGGAAUAUAAUGAAGAAAGCAGUGGAAUAAGAAUAACUCCGCGGCCGGAAAUGGUGGAGUUUCUCGACCAAUUAAAAAAGGUUAGUUUUGAUUAUGCUACUCGCUCGGGAAUUAGUAUUUCGCCUUUCGAAUUAGAAGCAAUUAUUUCGGACAAAGAAAAAGUUCUCGCCAAAGCCGAAAAAGAAGCCAAAAAAAUUGCUGACCAUUUCGCCCAAGGUUUCUAUAGUGAAGAAGAGAGAAAACAAAAAAAAAUUGCC